UGACUAAAGCUGUGCUACAAAAGGGGCAUCCACACUAAGGGACUUCAUAGCACCAGUAAAACUUUCAAGAGCCUGCUGUGCCACUCAUCCUGAUCUGGACUUCAGACUUCAAGUUUUGAAAACCUUAAUGGAGCACAACUUGCACCCAGCAAAACGGAAGUGCACGGAGGAAAACAUGGCAAAACCUCAUGUUGAUAUGGGAAGUGCUUUUAUCCAAACUCAGCAGCUGAGUGCAGCUAUGGCACACUCUAACUUGGAGCAUAUGUGUUUGCUGGAUAUAGACUCAGAGCCUAUUACAGCACGCAACACUGGUAUCAUCUGUACUAUUGGGCCAGCUUCCAGAUCAGUAGAAACACUGAAGGAAAUGAUAAAGUCUGGAAUGAAUGUUGCUCGCCUAAACUUUUCCCAUGGAACACAUGAGUAUCAUGAAGAGACCAUCAAAAAUGUACGUGAAGCUACUGAGAGUUUUGCUGCAGACCCAAUAUUUUACAGACCAGUAGCUGUGGCACUUGACACAAAGGGACCAGAGAUUCGUACAGGACUAAUCAAGGGAAGUGGUACAGCAGAGGUGGAACUCAAGAAGGGUGCUACAUUGAAGGUUACUCUGGACGACAAGUUUAAAGAUUCCUGUGAUGAGAACACCUUGUGGGUUGACUACAAGAACUUGACCAAAGUUGUGGAUGCUGGUAGCAAGAUUUAUGUGGAUGAUGGCCUGAUUUCACUAGUAGUGAAAGAAAAAGGUGCUGAUUACUGUGUCACAGAAGUGGAAAACGGAGGUUCUCUGGGCAGUAAGAAGGGUGUUAACUUGCCAGGUGCUGCAGUUGAUCUCCCAGCAGUCUCUGAGAAGGACAUCCAGGAUCUACAGUUUGGUGUGGAACAAGAUGUUGAUAUGGUGUUUGCUUCCUUUAUUCGCAAAGCUGCAGAUGUUCAUGCUGUGAGGAAAGUUCUUGGUGAGAAAGGAAAGAACAUAAAAAUAAUCAGCAAGAUUGAAAACCAUGAGGGUGUGCGCAGGUUUGCUGAGAUUCUUGAAGCAAGUGAUGGUAUCAUGGUUGCUCGUGGUGACUUGGGUAUAGAAAUACCAGCAGAGAAAGUUUUCCUUGCCCAGAAGAUGAUGCAUGGACAAUGCAACCGUGCUGGCAAGCCCGUAAUCUGUGCUACUCAGAUGUUGGAAAGCAUGAUUAAAAAGCCACGUCCAACUCGUGCAGAAGUUAGUGAUGUUGCCAAUGCAGUUUUGGAUGGAGCAGAUUGUAUCAUGCUGUCUGGGGAGACUGCAAAAGGAGACUAUCCUCUAGAAGCUGUCCGGAUGCAACAUGCUAUUGCCCGUGAGGCAGAGGCUGCGAUGUAUCACAUUCAGCUGUUUGAGGAACUUCGACGCUUGUCACCCAUGACUAAGGAUCCCACUGAAGCUGCUGCAAUCGGUGCUGUUGAGGCCUCUUUCAAGUGUGGUGCUGGAGCUAUAAUUGUGCUGACAAAGUCUGGAAGGUCUGCUCACUUGGUAUCCAGGUACCGCCCUCGUGCUCCAAUAAUUGCUCUGUCCCGUAAUGGACAAACUGCUCGCCAGGUACAUCUUUACCGUGGCAUCUUUCCAGUGCUGUACAAGGAAGCUGUUCAUGAAUCCUGGGCUGAAGAUGUUGACAGGAGAGUGAACUUUGCCAUGGAUGUUGCAAAGGCUCGUGGCUUCAUAAAGACAGGUGAUGUUGUCAUAGUGCUGACUGGAUGGCGCCCUGGCUCUGGAUAUACCAACACCAUGCGCGUAUUGCCAGUUCCCUGAAUUUAAAGUCUGAAUUCCUACAGCGUCAAAUCUGAUUUUUCUGCAGCGUCAUGUUUUCCCUUAAGAGCCAUAGGCAGAUACUACUUGCAACUAAUCACCUUACAUUUGUAAUAAAGUGUAUGUCUGGUAUGUUAAUGGAAACUGAAUUUGCUCCAGAAACGCAGCCUGUCUUGUAUUGAAAAUUGUGGCCAGUUGGACACAGUAUUUGCAUAAGGAGGUUCUGAUACCAAAUUAAAGGCUUCUUGGCAAGCAGAAGCCAGUCGCGUUUACAGUGCAUUUCCAAAAGACUUGGUUUCAGAAAUAUUUAUUUUUGUUUUGUUUUUGUACAAAAAGGCAUUCUAAAUAUGUAUUUGUAUUUAUUGUUUAACUGGCAAGAUUAGUGUUAAUGUUUCAGGAGACUUGUACAUGCCAUGGCAAUAGGCCAGUUGGGGAAAGGUAUCUGGAGUACUUAAAUUGUACGCUUAGAAUGUGCACUGGUUGCUGCCAGCCAUGGCCUUUAAUGUUUAGUAUGCCAUGCAGAUACUUGAAUCAAUUUUGGACUGUGGUUUCAUCUCUAGAAUUGAGAUGCAAGCUGACACUGCUUGAACUAAAAGCUAGAAAUUCUGCAUUUGGUAGUACUGUGCAAUAGUCUAAUUUUGCUGAGACUGAAGAUGUUCAGGUAUCCUGUGAUGUAUUAAAACUGAAGGUAGAAGGUUUUGGCAGACUACAUGGCUAGAUGCUGUAGCACUUUAAAUAUUUAGAUACCCAAUUUCUCACCUCACUCCCCAGCAGGCUUCUGUGGUUAAUUGUGUUUUUACCCUAUUUUGACGCUGCUGCACUCAUCUGAUUUCGGUCAGAUAACUUGAGUCACUCCACCAGUAUCAGUUGUGUACUGCUGUGCAUCAAUAAUAAAAUGAGUUAUCAGCA